AUGACCUCCGGACUGCGUCCAGGCCCUCUGCUCCUGCUACUGCUGCUCCUCAUCCUGCCCGGCUCUGAGGAGGCGUGUCCCUCCAUAUGCCUCUGUGUAUCGGACACUGUGAGCUGUAGCUCCAGCGGUCUGACCAAGCUGCCUCUGUCCCUGCCCUCCUCCUCCAUCACCCUCGACCUCAGCCACAACUACCUGUCCUGGCUGUUUCCGGGCAGUUUCAAACGGAUGCCCAGAUUGGAAAACCUCCGCAUGGCCCACAACCAGUUCGUCUCCCUAGGCCUCGGGGUGUUUCGCAACGCCUCGGGCCUCCGGCACCUCGACCUUUCCUCCAACAAGCUGCAGGUGGUGGAGCAACACUACUUCCAGGGGCUGUGGCGGCUGGAGGAGCUGCUGCUCUUCAACAAUAAGAUCACGCAGGUGGAGGGCGGCACGCUGAGCGGCCUGAGCAGCUUGAAAAAGGCCUACUUCAGCAUCAACCAGAUCACGGACUUCCCGUUCUUCUCCAUCCGGGACCACACUCACCCUUUCCUGUCCAUGCUGGACCUCUCGUCCAACCGCAUGAGUCGCCUGCCGUGGGAGGACGUGAAGGCUUUGCCCGGGCUGGUGCAGCGGGGGCUGUACCUCCACAACAACUCCCUGAUCUGCGACUGCUCCAUGUACAGCGUGUUCUGGCACUGGGACCUGAGGGGCUACGAGUCGCUGAUGGACUUCGUGGACGAGCACACCUGCGCCGUCUACGGGAACCCGAGGGCCUCCAUCCGGUUCCUGCGGCACUCCCGCUUCUUCCGAAACUGCACCGUGGAGAAACCCGUCUCUCUGCCGGUGACCGUGCUCCUCUCGCACGUGGUGGUGACCGAGGGAGAGAGAGUUCGUCUGGACUGCCAGACGUCCUUAAGCGGCACGGAGCUCUCCUUUACGUGGCUCUCCACCAGCAAGGGCCACAUCACCAACACUAGCAUAAACGACACCCUAAUUAGCCUGUUUGCUAACGGCACCUUGGAGAUCCGAGCAACCAAGGUCAACGACACGGGUUUGUACGUGUGCACAGCGGCGGAUAUCAAACAGUCGCUGAACGCGACCCGGGAGGUGAACGUGACGGUGCUGCUGCCGGCACCGGAGUCCUUCAACACCGGCUACACCACGUUGCUGGGCUGCGUGGUGACCACGAUCGGCGUGCUCGUGUACCUCUACAUGACGCCGUGCCGCUGCCGCUACUGCAAGCAGCCCGGCCCUCAGGCUAUCCCGGUCGCGACCUACGACCCCAGCGGCCUGACGUCCGUUUUCUCCACCUCCAUGAGGGACCAUGACAAAAUACAAACUGACAAGCACGUGGCAUUCAUGGAGCCGAUGAGUGAAGAAGGAACAGAGUGGGUACUUGAGAGUUGAUGGUUUU